GCGACGACCAAGCUGGUACUUUGUCUACACGCUUUUAAUCUCAAACAAAUAGACAUUCGACCUGACGCAGCAAGCUUUGAAUGAAGUGACGCAGCGGAAGGCCAGCAGCAGAUCGAGGCGAGGCGACUCCUCGCGCACCCCAGCUUCACCCAGAGAGCAGACACGAUGCAGAUCUUCGUGAAAACCCUAACCGGGAAGACCAUCACCCUCGAGGUCGAAAGCAGCGAUACCAUCGACAACGUCAAAGCCAAGAUCCAGGACAAGGAGGGUAUACCCCCAGAUCAACAAAGAUUGAUUUUCGCUGGAAAGCAGUUGGAGGAUGGUCGAACCUUGGCUGAUUACAACAUUCAAAAAGAGUCAACGCUGCAUCUGGUUUUAAGACUUAGGGGUGGAACAAUGAUUAAGGUGAAGACACUUACUGGAAAGGAAAUUGAAAUUGACAUUGAGCCUACUGAUACCAUUGAUAGGAUCAAGGAGCGAGUUGAGGAGAAAGAAGGGAUUCCACCGGUCCAGCAAAGGCUCAUAUAUGCAGGAAAGCAGCUCGCUGAUGACAAGACUGCCAAGGACUACAACAUCGAGGGUGGUUCUGUACUUCAUCUCGUGCUUGCUCUAAGGGGUGGUCUGUAGCAGGAGCUUCAUGUAUAUACUACUGCAAAAAUGAGGGGGGCAUGGUGUGUUUUCGCAGCUCUCGACAUCCAAAAAAAAAUACUUGGCACUUUUUGGGACUGGUUUGCUAUAUUCUGAAUAGAGGCAAGUUUGCAGCUGUUAUUGAAAUAACAUGAAUGCUUAAACUGAUUGCACUUGCUAGCUUCAAGACUUGCAUAUUGGAUAUUAUGCUCUUCCUGUUAUUCAGGCCUUCUAUGGCUGUGUUGCAAUUUCUUUCUUUCACACUCUUAAGAGAUACAUGUAGUAGUGUUAUUACAGAUCUAGUCCAUGGCAGCUGUCAAAUUUGGGCAAGAUCUUAUGGAGGAAUUGCUGGAGAAAAUGGAGGAGGCAAGGUGGUCCUGGAGAGGUCCAUUGUAAUCCUAAGUGGUUGAACAUAAAGAAUUUUUAUGAUGGCUUGUUGGAGUGUGAAAUUUAAUGUGCACAACUAUAUUCUUGUUUUA